AUGGCCUCAUUACCUAUACGCCAUUUCUUUGGAGCUUCGCGUGCAAUUACAUACCCCAAUGUCUUGCAUUUGACGCGCUAUGCUGUCCGGAGCAGGGGCUUCGCGAAUACAGCUACAGACGACAUGGCACUCCCCCUAAAAGGAUUCAAGGUCUUAGAUAUGACGAGAGUGCUUGCCGGUCCAUAUUGUACACAGAUACUGGGAGAUUUGGGUGCAGAAGUCAUAAAAGUCGAGCAUCCUACACGAGGAGAUGAUACACGGCACUGGGGCCCACCAUAUGCCAAAUAUAAGCCCGACUCGGGUAAAGAGGGUGUUGGAGAAAGUGCCUACUUCUUAGCUGUGAAUCGCAAUAAGAAGUCACUCGGGCUAUCAUUUCAGCACAAAUCAGGCGUCGAAGUGCUUCACAAGCUAGCCGCAGAAAGCGAUAUUCUCGUCGAGAAUUACUUGCCUGGCACAUUGAAGAAAUACCAUUUAGACUAUGAGACGCUCCGAAAGCUCAAUCCACGUUUAAUUUAUGCCUCAAUUACAGGUUACGGUCAGACGGGGCCAUAUUCAAGUCGAGCUGGUUACGACGUUAUGGUCGAGGCGGAAAUGGGAUUAAUGCAUAUCACCGGAGCUCGAGAUGGGCCUCCAGUGAAAGUUGGGGUAGCUGUGACGGAUUUGACCACUGGCCUAUACCUGUCUAAUUCCAUUAUGGCUGCCAUAAUUGCAAGAUCAAGAACGGGAAGAGGGCAACACAUCGACGCCGCCUUGAGCGAUUGCCAGGUUGCUACUCUGGCCAAUAUUGCAAGCAGCUGUCUAAUUAGUGGGGAGAAAGAUCAGGGAAGAUGGGGGACAGCACACCCUUCAAUUGUCCCAUAUCGCUCUUAUAAAACUUUCGAUGGGGAUAUACUCUUUGGAGGAGGAAACGAUCGACUCUUUGGGCUCAUAUGCGAUGGCCUUGGACGCCCGGAAUGGAAAACGAACCCAAAAUUCGAGGUUAAUGCCCAACGGGUUGCAAACCGAGCAGAGCUAGACAAUGCAAUAGAAGAGGUCACCAAAACCAGAACAACAGAUGAAUGGUUGGAGGUUUUUGAAGGCUCCGGAUUGCCCUACGCAGCUGUGAAUGACGUCCAGGCAACACUGAACCAUUCCCAUGUUCUAGCUAGGGAUAUGGUAAAGGAGAUGGAGCAUGAUUGGUGUGGCAAUAUCAAGAUGGUUAACACACCGAUAAAAUAUAGUGAGAGUAAACCCAGUAUUCGAACUGUGCCGCCGAUGUUGGGGCAGCACACUGACGAAAUUUUGAGGGAUAUUUUAGGAAUGGGUGAGAGUGAUAUAGAGUCUUUGAAGGCUGAAGGUGCCGUAAAUCGCUAG